AUGACGACAAACAUGAUGAGAGAAUUAUGAAAUGCGUUCGAGCUCUAAAAAUGGGUUCGACACAAAUAUCUUUGCCUGGUUUGCCUGAAAAAGACAUACCGGAAUUGUGUCUCACUGUCACAUUGAUACCAGCCAGUCACAGCGCUGCAUCAACAAUGUUUUUAUUCUCAACAACGACACAUAACAUUCUGUUUAUCGGAGAAUACCAUAUCAAUCGUAAAGACUUGCCAAGCUUCAAGCAUCUGCAUGUUGACGAUAAACCCAUAAAAUUGGAUGCGAUGUACGUUGACACAACCAUGCAGCAUUUGGAUUGCGAAAACUUCACGAAGCGAUCUAACGGUGUACAAAGAAUGAUAUUUGAAAUUAGAUGUUGGUUGAACUGGAAUGAGAAUAAUGCAAUUGCAAUACACACAUCUGAUAAAUAUGAUUAUGAAUUUGUCUUUAAUGAGAUAUACAAACAAUUAAACAUGAAAGUAUUCGUGCAUUCGGAAAGAUGGAGUUUUUACAGUUCAAUACAGGAAUUAGUGCCCGGGGUGACAAAUAACGAAGAAUCUACUAGAAUACAUUUAUGUAGAAACAGAAGCGAGGAUAGUUCACACACCUCAUGCGUACAGAAAUGUCAUAAUAAUUACUUACUUGUAGAUGUAUUCCCUAUGCCAUGGCAGAAUUACAAAGAUGGAAAAUGCUCAGUUUCGCGCGUGACCCAGGAGCAGCGGCUGGACGUGUGUUUCGCUACUCAUUGUACUUUAAGAGAGAUAGAUUAUUUUGUUGAUUAUUUUGCACCGAAUAGAAUAAUUGGUUAUCCUCAUGAAUAUGCAGGAAAGCUUGAAAGAAAUGAGCUCUGUUAUUAUAGUAGAAUUGGCAAAAAAAGAGUUAAGAUACCUAAAAGAGUCGAUGAUGAUUUGAAGAAAUUGAUGUUUGGAUAAAUAAAAAUGAUGCUGUUUUGUAAUUAAGAACAAGGUGACAUAUUUGUUAUAUAGAUGAACAAGUUCUUCAACAUAUGCAGCAUCGUAAAGUCUAUUCCAACUGAAGGAGUAAAGACAAAUAAAUUUUGAUAUGACAACAUUGGUCGAGAUUUUUUAAAGUCGUAUAUUAUACCAUGAUUUUUUUUGUUUAUAUUUUAAAGUACAUAAUGCAUAUUUGAAUUAUACAUAUAAGAUAUUUAAAUUGUAAGGUAGCAGCAGUAAACGAAAAUAGAAAAAAAGAUUGUUUUGCUAACUCGCAAAUAGCCACACUAACUGAAAAAGACAGUAAGUAAAACAAUUAUUUCGAAAUCACAGACAGUCACUCCAAUGAUAUUUAUUUGUUUAUGUAAAGAUGCGUUAUAAAUAGUAUUAUAUUAUAAAUAUAUUAAUCGAGAAUUGUAUGUAGUGUGUUAUA